CAAAGCGGGGCCAGAACAUGUUGCGAGUGGGACUGAAGAGGCAAACAGAUCACUAGUGUAAGAUAAACCAGGCUAACAGAGUUCCUAGAAGAUCAACAUUCGUUUAGCGGAAUUUAACGCCAGCUUCUGUGCCCGGACUCUGCUGGGUUUAACCUUCCAGUGUGACGGCAUCCAGCGGAGUUGAGAGAGGAGCGAGAGGAGCCUCGUCGCCGGGACACGGGAAGAUUUCCGAGGACUGCUGGGAAAUCCUCAGCGCUGGUGGAAACCUUGACGACCAAACUGCCCUCUCUGUCUUUCUCUCCCCCCCUGUUCUCCUUCCCCUUCCCCCUUUCUCUCUCUCUCUCUCACACUCUCUCUCUUUCUCUCUCUCUCUCUCUCUCUCUCUCUCUUUCCCUAUCCCCCACUCCGCUGCUUUCUCUCUCCACAAUACCUCGGGAGGGAACUGAUUUGCUGGCAGGAGAGGAGGACUGUUACUGCCGGCCAAGUGAAGGGAAAGGGAGAGAGAGAAGAACGACAGACAAAGAAAGAAAAGAAAGAAAAGAAAGAGAGAGAGGAAUAAAGAGACAGCCAGAUGGAAGAGUGACAACUGAAAUUAAGGAGAUGCUCCACAAACAGACUAAACUGAAGCUGAGCUAGAAAGCACUGGAAUGACUCGGAAGUCCUAACAACCAUCGCCAUGGUGACGAUGGAAUAACCCUUAGAUCUUUCUUUUUCACUGGAGGACUUUUUUUUUGUAUUUUUUUGUUUGUUGUUUGUCUUUUUUUCACACUUGGGUGCGCAUGACCUCUCACCAUGCCGGCCAAAGGGAAGUACCUGCUGAACGACAAGGAGCUGAAACAGGAAGCGCUCUACAGGAAGUUCUCCUGCAUCAGCCAAUACCAGCCGCUGGUGCUGCUGCUGGGCCUCUCCAUGCUGUCCUGCGCCGGCCUGCUCAUCCUCUUCUUCUCCCUCAGCCUGAGUGCGCGGGAGCACACGGCGUUUGUGGCGGUGGUGAGCCUGGGGCUGUGUGUGUUCCUGGUGGUGUUCGUGCUGGUGUGUAUGGAGGUGCUGUCGCAGCGCUGGCGGCGGCUGCUGGGCCUGCUGGUGUGGGCCACGCACCUCAGCAUGGGCUUCACCUUCGUCUUCAGCGGAGAGCACAUCUGGGCCUGGGACCAAGUGCCAUUCUUUCUCUUCAUUAUCUUCACCGUUUACACCAUGCUGCCAUUCCAGAUGGCCUAUGCGGUCAUCCUCAGUAUCAUCUCCUCCUUGUCCCAUAUCAUUGUUCUGAGUCUACGGCUGGCCGUCUUCGACUCCAAAGACACUCCUCACUUAGCCAAGCAGAUAUUGUCCAACGCGGUGGUGUUCCUGUGUGGGAGUGUGGUGGGAGCCUUCCAUAAGGUCCUGAUGGAGAGGGCUCUGUGGCAGACCUUCAAGGACACCCUCAGCUGCCUGAGCAUCCGCAUGAAGCUGGAGAUCGAGAAAAGACAGCAGGAGAACCUCCUGCAGUCGGUGCUGCCCGUCUACAUCUCCAUGAAGAUGAAGCUGGCCAUCAUGGAGCGGCUGCGGGAGUGCAAGGACAAGGAGGAGCAGCAGCGGCUGGUCAAAGACAACAACUUCCACAGCCUCUACGUCAAGAGACACGAGAACGUCAGUAUUCUCUAUGCUGAUAUUGUGGGCUUCACACAACUGGCUAGUGACUGCUCUCCCAAAGAACUGGUGAUCAUGCUGAACGAGCUCUUUGGGAAGUUUGACCAGAUCGCCAAAGAAAACGACUGCAUGAGGAUAAAGAUUCUGGGAGACUGUUAUUACUGUGUGUCUGGUCUGCCUGUGUCACUGUCCAAACAUGCCAAGAACUGUGUCAAGAUGGGCCUGGACAUGUGCGAGGCUAUCAAACAGGUACGUGAGGCCACUGGCGUGGACAUCAACAUGCGCGUGGGCGUGCACUCUGGGAAUGUCCUGUGCGGAGUCAUCGGCCUGCGCAAGUGGCAGUUUGACGUGUGGUCUCAUGACGUCACCCUGGCUAAUCACAUGGAGUCGGGAGGUCUGCCCGGGCGAGUGCACAUCACGGAGUCCACCCUGAAGCACCUGAACAAGGCCUACGAGGUGGAGGAGGGCAACGGCCACGAGCGCGACCCCUACCUGAAGGAGAUGAAGUUGCACACCUACCUGGUCAUCGACCCUCGGUCCAAGGACCAGGCGCAGAACAAGAGCACAAAGCCGCGCGUGAACGACGGGCUGAAGAUGCGGGCGUCGGUGCGCAUGACGCGCUACCUGGAGUCCUGGGGCGCGGUCAAGCCCUUCGCACACCUGCAGAGCCGAGCCGAGGGCUUCCCCACCGACGCCAUGGGCAACGGCAAGGCCCGCAACAAGGACAUUCCAUUGAGAACACCACAGUGCCCUAAAAUCACAGAAAGCUUUGAUGAGCCUCACGAGGAGUCCUUCCCCUUGCCUGCCCCUCCGAACAGCACCUCUAAAUGCAAAUCUCAGAAGAGCAAGUUUGAUGAGGAGCUUCACAAUGAGAUGAUCACCACCAUUGAUGAACUGAGCUCCAGCAAGCAGUGGGUUAAAUCGGAGGAGAUCCGCAGCCUGACCAUGUGGUUCACUAAGAAGGAGCUGGAGAAACAGUACAGAGCCAUUGACCUGCCCAUCUUUAAGUACUACGUAGGAUGCGCCACGUUCAUCUUCUUCUGCAUCUUUUUGGUUCAGAUGUUUGUCACCAGGGAGCCGGGCAGUCUGGCCAUCGGGUUUGGGGUGCUGGUGUCUGUCCUCCUGCUGACCCUAGGCAUCUGCUUCUCUGGACAGAUACAGCGUCUGUUCCCUGACAAGCUGGCCUCCUGCCAGUGUCUACCUGCCAUCUCCGAGGCGGUGGUGAAGAGGCCUUUUGUACGCCUGCCGCUGGCGACCAUCAUCACGGCAGUCAUCAUCAUCAUGGCUGUUUUUAACCUGUGUUUUCUGGAGUCUCCUCUUCCAUCCCAGUCUGACACUCCUUCUGACCGCACUUGUCCCAACACCUCUCAUCUGAUCACAGAGGGCGACCUAGACUACCUCCCAUACUCGGUGUACAGCUGCAUCCUGGCACUGAUAGCCUGUGGGGUGUUUCUGCGGAUGAGCUUUGAGCUGAAAGUGCUGUUCCUGUCUGUGGCCUCGGCGGCCUACUACAUCAUCAUCUUCUACUCGCAGCAGUGUCUGUUCAUCUCCUACGGCGAGAUCCUCUACGCCGCCACUAACGGCAGUGAUGAUGACUUGUUUGUCCUGAAGAAGGCAGGACUCAUCAAACAUCCUCAGCUGAUGAGCUGCAUCUACGUCACCCUUUUCCUAGUGACCAUGCUCCUCAUCUCUCGACAUAACGAGCAUUGCUGCCGUCAAGACUUCCUUCUCAAGAACAAGAACCGCACGGAACAGGACGAGAUCAUGACUCGGGAGAACCUGAACCGGCUGCUCCUGGAGAACGUUCUGCCAGCUCACGUGGCCGCACGCUUCAUCGGCGAGAACAAAAAGAACGAGGACCUUUACUACCAGUCUUAUGACUGCGUGUGUGUGAUGUUCGCCUCUGUCCCGGAUUUCAAAGAGUUCUACACGGAGUGUGACAUCAACAAGGAAGGCCUGGAGUGUCUGAGGCUUCUGAAUGAGAUCAUCGCCGACUUUGAUGAGGUGUUGUCGAAGCCGAAGUUCAGCGGCGUGGAGAAGAUCAAGACGAUCGGAAGCACGUACAUGGCUGCCGCGGGCCUCAGUGCAAGUUCAGGCCAGGAAAAUAAUCAGGAGAGGCAACAGGCCCAGAUUGGGAACAUGGUUGAGUUUGCCAUUGCGCUGAUGGGAAAGCUGGAUGGCAUCAACAGGCACUCCUUCAACAGUUUCCGGCUACGUGUGGGUAUUAAUCACGGGCCUGUGAUCGCCGGAGUCAUCGGGGCCAGGAAGCCUCAGUACGACAUCUGGGGAAACACUGUAAACGUAGCCAGCAGGAUGGAGAGCACUGGAGAGUUGGGCAAAAUCCAGGUGACGGAGGAGACGUCGGACGUCCUGCACAAGCUGGGCUACUCGUGCGAGUGCCGGGGCCUCAUCAACGUCAAGGGGAAGGGCGAGCUCAGGACCUUCUUUGUGUGCACGGACAUGAGCAAGCAGCAGGGCAUGGGGCUCAGCUGAGCCCGGCUGGCUGUCUGCCGCCCACCCGCGCGAACAGCAAGCCAAGCUGCCGCAAAACAAAAAAACAACAAAAACAAACAAUCAGGUGGCUCCGGAAGUCUAUUGACAAUAUAUCCGCGUCGACACAAACAGACUGUUAUUCCAGACCAGGGCUGAACAUUUUUUUUGGCCACGGCGAUCCCUAGUGCUUACAAAAAAAGAAAUGUUCUUCAUGCUAACUCUGGAGUGGGAUAUAAAGAUGGAGAAGAUAAUGGCUUUAACAUAGCUGGCUGCUGUUUUAGCCUGCUGUUUGUUUGGCCUGAGAGUACAGCUGCAUCUCAAGGCCGUUUCAAGGAUGGAUGCACCACCACGACUCCAUCUUGGACUUACAGUCAGCAGGUGAAAUGUCGGGACUCUUAAGAGGAUGCCACUGAGAUGCCUCUGUAUUUUUACUCCCCUUAAUAAUGACUGGGAUCCAAUUGGUCUGAGCACUGUUCAACUGCUGUUUGUGUCAAGAUACUGAAGUUCGUUUUGAUGCCAGAAAAAAAACAUGACUGUGUCCUGUUACAAGUGGUCCUUUUCAGUCUGGCGCUUGUAUUUGUCUCUUCAUUUGUGGCCCAAUUUGCUCUUACCAGCCAUGAUGUGUUGAGACAUAUACUUAUGGCAACUAUACGUAAAUGCUUAAGGAUGGCCACUGCUAUGGAACAGUGGCUUGAUUUGGAAGUUACUUUGUAACGUAAAACUGCAGUGCAAGAGCUCAUCUGAAAGAAACCUUUUCAGCCACCUUUUCUGGGGGAUUUGGGACAAGGAAAUAAAUGGCCCUUUGACUUCAACCAUAGAUGGAGCAGAGCAUGAUCAUCUCAAAGAUUAAUCAAGAUGAGGGAAACCCCGCCUAGCUGUCCUGCUAUUGUCAGCAUGUGAAGCAUCACUUCUAAUGACUCUCCAUUACGUUUACUUGUCUGACUCAAUUUUUUGAAUUGCCUCUCUUAAAGCUGCUCAUGUGUCUUGUGUUGCACUGGACCUCUGCUUUUUAACUUGUCGGUGUUGACGACUCCUGUCCAUCGCUGCCUUGUCUUUGAGACGUGGACUCAAGUGCUGGUCUCGGCGUCCUCUCGGAGGGAAUUGCUGGUCAAUAAGAAAAUAUAUUGCUUUUUGGCUCUUUCCAGGAGGCAUUUAUUGCUAUGGACAUUAGCUGAGUCAGGGACCAAGAAGAAACUUUCAUGUGCCUCUAGGGGGGAAAUGGUCUUGUGUACUUUGGCUAUAUAACAUUCGAGUGCAAAACUUUCUUACUGUGUCAAUCCUGUGCUGCCUUUUGUGAUUUAUAAGCAGUAGCUUUGAGGAACAUCGUGUGCAUUUCCCCAACAUUUUUGUAUAGUAUAAAUGUAUAAUAAAUAAUUUCU